ACAAAGCGCCGCCGCCGCCGCCGCCGGGUCGGGGCCGGGGCCGGCAUGGAGGGAACCGGGCUGGGCGCCACCGUGUGCGCCGCGGCCGCGGGGCUGCUGCUCUACCGCUUCGCGCGGAGGAAGAAGCCCACACACGUGACAGUGAACUGCUGGUUCUGCAACCAGGACACGGUGGUGCCGUACGGGAACCGCAACUGCUGGGACUGCCCCAACUGCGAGCAGUACAACGGCUUCCAGGAGAAUGGAGACUACAACAAGCCCAUCCCUGCCCAGUACAUGGAGCACCUCAACCACGUUGUGUCGGGCGGCACGACCUUCUGUGAUCCCACCAAACCACAGCAGUGGGUGAGCAGCCAAAUUCUGCUCUGCAAGAAGUGCAACAACCAUCAAACCAUGAAAAUCAAACAGCUGGCUUCAUUCUCACCGAGGGAGGAGGGCAAGUAUGAUGAGGAGAUUGAGGUGUACAAGCACCACCUGGAGCAGACCUACAAGCUGUGCCGCCCGUGCCAGGCUGCUGUGGAGUAUUACAUCAAACACCAGAACCGGCAGCUCCGCGCGCUGCUGCUCAGCCACCACUUCAAACGCCGCGAGACAGACAAGGCCUACGCCCAGAAUUUAUGUUCAUCCUCCUCCUCUGCUUCCAUAACCACACCAGCUCAGGUGAUACUGCUGCGCUUCCUGGCCUUCCUCAGCUGCGCGUUCCUGGUUCUGAUGGCCUUGUACGGGUCAGGCAACCCCUUCUCCCUCAGCACAGCAGUCCCUGCUCCCGUUCCCUCUGGCCCAGCGUCCCUUCAGAACAGGACUGGCUCAGGCUCCCGUGCAGACGUGGGCAAUGACACCUCGGUGAGGGUGGCAGGAUGGAGGGAGCUGCUCCAGCUGCUCCCGGAGCACGUGGUGGAGAACCUGAGCGCCGUGUGGGCUUAUGGGAGGAAUCACCAGAUGGCCGUGGCUGUGCUGGGGCUGUUCACCUGCCUGCUGGCCAUGUUCCUGGCUGGGAGGAUCAGACUCCGGAGAAUCGACGCGUUUGCCUCGGUGCUGUGGUUCGUGGUGAUGAGCCUGCACGUAGCUGAGAGGUACCUGAAGAUGGAAACCCCCAGCUGGCUGGACACGGCCAAGUUUGGCACCACGUCCCUGUGCUGCCUGGUGGGAUUCACCGCAGCCGUGGCCACGCGGAAGUCGACGGGCCAGCGGAGAUACCGGCCCCGAAGGUACCUCUCUGGGGAUUCCAUGACUCUCUUUCCCAAUGGCACUGGGACAGCCUUCCCUUCACCUGCCACGUCUCUCUUUGUCCCAACACCACCCAGUCUCCUCCACCUGACAAACCAACAGCUCUUCAGGUCCCCACGCAGAACUUCUUCAUCCUCCCUCCCUGGACGUCUCAACAGGGCCCUGUCACUGGGGACCAUCCCCUCCUUGGCCAGGGCAGAUUCUGGCUACUUGUUCAGUGGAAGUCGACCUGCCUCACAGUCCUCUCAGUCCAAGGAAUCUCCGACAUCAGAGCACUUCUCCCUGCUGUCCGGCAGCUGUGCUCCCUCCCGCAUCCCCUCCCCAGCACCAUCCGUGGCCGGAUCUGUGACUUCCAGCUCGGGAUCCCUGCGGUUCCGCCGGCCCCUCAUCAGCCCUGCCCGCCUGAACCUGAAAGGACAGAAGCUGCUGCUGUUCCCAUCCCAGAAUGAGGCCCUGCUCACCCCAACCAGCUCAGAGGAGCACACCCACUCAGACAGCAACAUCUUUGCCCCCGAGCUGUCCAGCUUCCCGAGGAAGAGCCUCAGUGAGCGGGGAAUGCCCGAUGUGAGAUCUGCUAUGGAAGGAGGGAGUAUUUGCAGUGAUAAUUCCAUCAAAAAGGAGGAUCACUCAUCACACUCAUCUACCUGUGUGGUAGACACAACCACCAAAGGGGAGGAUUUGGCAGGCUGGAGAGGUCACUUUGGUACCUCUGCUCUCCGGGGCCUGCUGGCUGUGAGCCUGACCCUCAACGCUGUGUUCACGUCAGCCUACGUCUACCGGAGCCUGCGCUGAGCUGGGCCAACACUCCCUGUCCUUCUGGGUCCACCUGGUCCUGAGGAGACAACAGGAAUUCAACCAUGGCUUCAUGACUAAUGGCCAUGCCACUGGUGCAUGCUGGUUUUUAAAGAACUACUGUACACCCAACACUCAUGACAAGGAACCUGGGUAGCUGCUACCAUCGCUUCCAGGUAGAACAUAUCCCAGGAUUGCCCCUGGAGGUGGCAGAAAGCUCCAGUUAAAAGCAGGAGGCCUGUUAAACGGCCCACACACUUUUAUUUCAAAAGAACUGACCUGAGACACAAGCCUGAAAAUGUGUGAGCUACGUUUUUAGGAACCUAUCCCAGCUCUUCUUUCUGACAUAUUGACCUCGUGCUGAUGGUGCUGGUAAAAUGAGGAGAAUUAGAGCAAAUGAGCUGAAGAAGAGGGAUGGCUUAGUAGCUGGUGCUGGGCUUUGGCUACUGUAGCAGCAUCCUCAGCCUCUGCUCGCUGGUUCCUCUUCUCUCUUCCCUUUGGCACUCUCCUCUAAACUAUCAGUGAAUUUUCUUUAGUUGCCUUAAGCUUGCCUAAGCACGUGGGUGACCUUGGCUGCUCUGUCAUGUUCUUGCAUCUUAGAUGUCCAUGUUCUUCCACCUGGACCUGGCCCUGAGGCCACUUUGACCAGUUCUCCUUCUGGUCAUGCUGGUUCUGUCCUGCUGUCUGUCUAUCCCUGCAGCCACACUGUGCUGCACAGCCCCCACACAGACAUCCUGGGGGGGCUGCAGCAGAACGAGGAUGUGCUUUGCUUUACCCAGGAGGCAUUAAUUCUGUUCCAGUGAAGUCUGUAAGAAGAAAGGAUCCCGCUGUGAUUUGCACCCCAGUCAAAGGGCUUCAGCUCCCAGCUCUGCUGGUGUUUUCUCUGGAGCAGUGGGUGGCAGAGCUUGUUCUUGCUGUAAAUCGCACAAACCUGUUCUGUCAGAGGUGGGUGAGGGGCUGUCUGAUUGUACACAUCUAUCCACAAACCUGAUGCCUCAGUCUGAUGUUGGGAUUUGCUUAGUAACUAUUUCAGAUAUUUCUUAGUUAAAUGCCCGGGUGCUCUCAGUGAAAAAUGCCAAACCUGUGCAGUUCAGCCUUCUGGAUAGAUUCUUUGUUUCUAACCCAGGGGAAAUAACCCUUGAUUUCUAAAAGCAGUUUAUCAUUUGGCAUUUCUGCUUUUGGGUGAGUCUUCAGCAUUGCUCGGAAUUCAGGGGCCAUUUAGAGUAUUGUGCAGAACACUCAAAAUCAUUUAGUGCAUCCUAGGGGAAAAAAAAUGUCUUCAUGUUUUGAUGUAUAAAUACCAAGUGCAAAGAGAAGAUUUACCAGUGUGUCAAGAAUACCUGGUGAGAAGAGAGCUGACUGGCGUUAGCUGUGUAUUUCUUGAAGCAGGACUUGCUCUAUUAAGAGUUUUUCUGUUGUCUCUUCCCUUGGGCUCCUUUACCUCAAAUUUCUCUCCCCCACCCCACUGUCCCGUGUUUGCAUCUUGAAUUAGUGUUGGGCUUACUGUGUCUUUCCCUCCCUUUCGGUUUGCUGCUGUUCCCUCUCUUGUGCUCUUGCAUGUGCAGAGAACAAAGUCUAUCAGUGCUGACCAUUCUCUGCUCUGAACCUGGAAUUCACACCUUCCUUUCACCUCAGUUUUUUUCUUCUGUGUUUUGAUCAAGUCCCCACCACAGCCUCACUUAGUACAUCAUUGGAGUCAUAGCCAGACUCAUCAGCAUGCAUAUGACAGCUUCAAUGGGGCUUUACUGCUGCUGAUUCAAGCACUGAAAAAUUUAAGUCUCUCUUUGUCUUUUCCACGUCUCCCUGCAUAGUUUCAGCAGCCCACUUCCAGCUGCUGCUCCCACUCUGCCUGCAGGGAGAUCUGCUCCUCCUGCUCUGCCUGGCACAGCUGGAGCACAGACUCACCCACACGUGCUGAUCUGAGAGGCUGAGGAGAUGCCACUCCUGACUCUGCAUCUCUCCCAGCCCCCUCUGGGAGCUGCAGCACCUCCCACACAAAGCCCUGGAACCAGGACAGACCUGCAGCAGGAAGAUGUGCUGUGGGCUGAUGAUGGAUUCUAUUGUAACUUGCAUGAAUUGUUCCUUGUAGCCAAACUGGACCCAUAACCUUGCUGUAAAAAGAUCUUUGUCCCCUUUUAUAGACUUCUGCAGGCUCACUUGAGCAUGUGUAUAGGCAAGAUGCUAGCAGACCAACUUCCAAGCUUCUAUUUAAACCUCUGCUGUUUGGGUUUUGUGAUGUCCUGGUGCAGUGUGUGACAUCUCAUUCACGGAUCCUUGUCCUACCCGAGGGGCCUCCUGUACAGAGACAAGCUGCCAGAAAAUGCUGUGGCUGUGCUUGUCUUUGUCACACCAACAGAUGUGCACUGUGACUCCACGUAUGCAAACUUCCCACCUUCGCCUCCCAGCCUGCUCUGGGUUUUACCAUCACACCCACCUGGAUCCAAGUUGCUCUCUGUCUCGACCAGAUUGCAAUAGAAACCUUCUCCUCCUUUCCAGCAACCAAGGAGCUGCAGCCUCUCAACACUCCUCUUCCCACCCCUAUUCCAGAACAGGAACACUCUGACCUGUCACUGCACUUCUGCAUCUGAAACUGUUCCUGGAGGGGUGUUUGGUGACCUUGUCCAAAGCAAUAUAAAGACUUUGGAUUUUAUUGCUGAAGAGGGAAGACAACCAAGUUUUUCAUUCUGGUGCUAGAACACUCUCCAGUGGUGCUCUCACAGUUGUGAAGCCUUUGCUUGAAGAAUCCAUGAGUGUGUGAGAGUGUGUGUGUGUGUGAGUGUGUGUGAGAGUGUGUGUGUGUG